AUGUCUCGAAAUAUUUGCAUCACGGCCGUCGAGGGCCAGACAGGUUUCCUCAUAGCUGAGCUUCUCUUGAAGGAGGGUAAAUUCUCCCGACAGAUCAGCAGUCUCACCGGCUUGGCGUUGGAUCCGUCUGCCGCGCGAGCCCAGGAACUCACGGAACUUGGUGGAAAAGUUGUUCAUCAUCAGCCGGGCCGCGAACGCCUUAUGGUGAAGGCCCUCAAGGACAUUGGAUGCGACACCAUCUGUCUAGUUCCUCCCGCUCAUCGCGACAAGUAUGACAUAACAAUGGAACUUGCAAAUGCUGCCAAGAAAGCAGGCGUAUCCAAUGUUCUCCUCAUCAGCUCUGCGGGCUGUGAUUAUGCGGACCGCGAGAAACAGCCUCGUUUGAGAGAGUUCAUCGACAUCGAAAGCGCGGUCCUUGCGUCCAAGGGAGAUUCUGAAACUCCCCUUGGCCAUUCGCCCUGCGUGAUCCGUGCCGGAUUUUAUGCAGAGAAUUUGUUGCUCUAUUCAGAGCAGGCCAAAGCUGACGGUGUGCUCCCCCUGCCGAUAGGAGAGAGCCAUAAAUUUGCCCCUGUUGCGUUAGGCGACGUUGCACAUGUGGCUGCCCAUGUUCUCGCUGGCAAAGGCAAGCAUGGCUUUGAUGAUAGGCAUCGAGGCCAAAUGAUGAUUGUUACAGGGCCGCUUUUAUGCGCUGGAAAAGAAUUAGCCGAAGCAGCCAGCAGGGAGCUGGCAGCGAAGAUUGAAUUUGAGAAUAUAUCUGAAAGCGAAGCCAAGAGAGUAAUUGCCUCUCAGAGUGAAAGCGAUGAAUCAGAAAAAGAAUACAUUUUGGAAUAUUACAGUCUGGUCCGAGAGGGAAAGACGAAUUACAUCGCCACGACUGCCUUCCAUGAUGUCACAGGAGCCCAUCCCACUGAACCGAAUGAGUUUUUCAAAUCUUAUUCAACCGAAUUUCGGCCCCGCAAAAAAACGAAGCAUUGA